AUGGCAGGGUGUCGCAUCACAGACAAGGCGGGGAAGGUGCAGGGCAGAGCAAGGCAGAAGAAGGCUAUUUUGUCGCAGGUUAAAAUCAAUUCUGAUGAUUCAAGCCCUUCUUAUGAAGAACGUAAUGCUCCCUGCAUAGCCAGUGAAAAAUACAGUGUUUCACUCCAGAGACGCCUGGCCCUGGGGGAUGACGGGCACUUCGCCUGGUGUCCUGAGUGCCUGAGGCGGCACAUGGAGUGCCUGAGGCCCAGAGUAGAAUCUGUUUACAAGGCCCCAGCCAGCACCGCCGAAGCACCAGCUGUGAGCACAGGGAGGUUCGGCCUCGAGGGCCCACUGGGCAGCAGCGGUACCUUCAGCCCAGCUCUGGCCCCCGUCUGGUCCUGGCGCCCCUGCCCCUCCCCGCCGUCGGGGGCUGGCCGGGCCAGCUCCAUCCAGCACGAGACGGGCCCGGGCGCCUGUGUCCAGCUGCCUGUGGUCAUGUCUGUCACCAGCACUCCCCCUCUCCCCCGAGCUGUUUACACCUCCGCCAGAAAUGAGAGCAGAAAAGGAAAGUUUUAUCAGAAAAUUCUGCUGCCAGCACGACCAACUUCGUCUGCCUGUUCAGCGAGAUUUGUGGGCAACCAAAAUGUCUCCAUGGUCUUGGGAUUAAAAACAAGAAUAAAAUGCGUGCCAUGA